AUGGACUCCACCGCUCUCACGAUGGCCGACGUGCUGGCCAGCCGCAAUACUGGUUGGUUUGCCAAUACCGGUAUCAUCAAGCUCAAUGCCAUUUUAUGUCUAUCACUCGUCUCAAGCUACGCAACUGGGUACGAUGGAAGCAUGAUGAACGGACUCCAGAGUCUAGACGAAUGGAAUGCCUACUUCCACAACCCUACCGCAAAUACUUUGGCUCUGCUGAAUGCGAUUCAGAAUGUCGGCCAAUUGGCUGCCAUUCCAUUCUGUGCCUAUGCUUGCGAUACCUUUGGUCGAAAACGAAUACUGGUCGCGUCGUCCUUUGUGCUACUAAUAGGAGUUUGCCUACAAGCCGCGGCACAGAACAAUGGAAUGUUCAUCGCCGCACGUGGUAUACUAGGAAUCGGGCUUGCAUUCAAUAUAACGGCCGCCCCUCUCCUCAUCAUGGAACUCGCCUUCCCAUCGCAACAAUGUGUACAACGCGUUGUGGAGCUUAGGAUCAAUCGCAGCUUCAUGGACUACUCUCCCCGUUGGCUCAUUGCUAAAGAUCGCGAGGAGGAAGCGCAAGCUAUCAUCACCAAGUAUCACGCAAAUGGAAAUCCGCAUGAUCCGAUAGUAGCGGUUGAGAUGCAUGAAAUUCGCGAGGCCUUGCGCAUUGAACAAGAGUUCGCGCAAAAUAAUUCUUACUUAGCCUUCUUCAAGACCAAGGGCAACCGCACCCGAUUUUGGCUGAUUCUCUGCGUUGGAUUUUUCUCGCAGUGGAGUGGAAACGGUGUCAUUUCUUACUACCUUACACUUGUUUUGGAUUCUAUUGGGUACAAAGAUGAGUCCACCCAAACGCUGAUCAACGGUGUUUUGGCCAUUUGGAGUCUUAUCUCUACCACAAUCGUCUCCCUUUUUGUCGAGAAGUUCUCUCGCAGGUUCUUAUUCUUAGCAUCCACAGCAGGAAUGCUAGUCUCCUAUAUCGUUUGGACGGCCUUAGAGGCAGAGUAUGAAAAGCAAAUCGAUGCUGGCGAAGAUGGGAGCCCUGCCUACGCUAGGGGCGUUCUAGCUAUGAUAAUCUUAUUUAACACUGCCAUGGCCGUGGGAUGGGGUCCACUACAGGUCACCUACGUGGUCGAAAUUCUUCCGUAUAACUUACGAGCUCGAGGCUUGGUAUUAUACAAUCUCUUUGUGGCAAUGGCAUUGAUAUUCAAUCAAUAUGCCAACCCUAUCGCACUGACUAAUAUCAAGUGGCGCUACUACAUUGUUUACGACGUCUGGCUCUUAUUUGAAUUAAUCGUCGUCUAUUUUCUCUGGGUAGAGACCAGAGGUCCUUCGCUUGAAGAGAUUGCUGCUAUACUUGAUGGCCAAGAAGUCAAAGAGAAGUUGAUAGAGACUGCAGCCGAUGCUGCCUCGCGUGAUAUCGGACACUUCAAUGAUGUAGACAAUGAGGUGAAAGGGGGCAGGGCGCGGGUUAUUCAGAGUGCAUGA